ACGGUAAAGCCAUGUUUCCCAGGAGGUCUGUACAAAAAGCCAGACUACUACUGGCAGUUACUGAGAGAGAUAGGCUUUCCAUCCAUGGCAGCCAUUUACUUUUGCUCUGGGAGACGUUUGUAAUAGAAAAGGCACAACUGGGGUAUUUAUUCACUUCCCCCCGUUCCUCUAGUGUUUGGUGGCGUUGCCGUUGCAAGUGGGCAGGGCUAAAAUGAACUGGUUAUCUUAGGAUCAUGGAAAACCUGGAAUCAAGGCUCAAGAAUGCCCCCUAUUUUUGUUGUGAGAAGGGAACCGAUUCCAUCCCUCUAUGCCGGAAGUGUGAGACGUGUGUCUUAGCCUGGAAGAUCUUCUCUACCAAAGAGUGGUUCUGCAGGAUCAAUGACAUAUCACAGAGGAGGUUUCUAGUUGGCAUUCUGAAGCAGUUAAAUAGCUUAUAUUUGUUACACUAUUUCCAAAAUAUCCUUCAGACCACACAGGGAAAGGAUUUCAUCUAUAACAGGUCCCGGAUCAACCUCAGCAAGAAAGAGGGGAAAGUUGUGAAGUCCUCCUUGAACCAAAUGUUGGAUAAAACAGUAGAACGGAAGAUGAAAGAGAUCUUGUACUGGUUUGCGAACAGCACCCAGUGGACCAAGGCGAAUUAUACUCUCUUACUGCUGCAGAUGUGCAACCCCAAAUUACUGCUCACUGCUGCCAAUGUGAUCAGAGUCCUGUUUCUGAGAGAGGAGAACAAUAUCUCAGGGCUCAAUCAAGACAUCACAGAUGUGUGUUUUUCCCCUGAGAAAGACCACAGCUCCAAGUCUGCGACCUCACAAGUCUAUUGGACAGCCAAAACUCCGCACACAUCCCUUCCUUUGUCCAAAGCCCCAAAAAAUGAACACUUGCUUGGGGCAGCAUCUAACCCUGAGGAACCAUGGAGGAAUUCACUCCGGUGUAUUUCCGAAAUGAAUAGGCUGUUUUCUGGAAAAGGAGACAUAACCAAGCCAGGGUACGAUCCCUGCAAUCUAUUGGUUGACCUGGAUGACAUCAGAGACCUGUCUUCUGGGUUUAACAAAUACCGAGACUUCAUCCGUUACCUGCCCAUCCACCUCGCCAAGUACAUUCUAAGAAUGCUGGAUAGACACACCCUGAACAAGUGCGCCUCUGUGAGCCAGCACUGGGCCGCCAUGGCUCAACAGGUCAAGAUGGACUUGUCAGCGCACGGCUUCACUCAGAACCAGAUUACCUUCUUGCAGGGGUCCUACACAAGAGGAAUUGAUCCUAAUUAUGCCAAUAAGGUUUCUAUCCCAGUUCCUAAAAUGGUAGAUGACGGGAAGAGUAUGCGUGUGAAACAUCCGAAGUGGAAGCUGAGAACGAAGAAUGAGUACAACCUGUGGACUGCAUACCAGAACGAGGAAACGCAGCAGGUCCUGAUGGAGGAGAGAAAUGUUUUCUGUGGGACCUACAAUGUUCGCAUUCUCUCUGACACGUGGGAUCAAAACCGAGUCAUCCACUAUUCCGGGGGAGAUCUGAUAGCUGUGUCAUCUAAUCGAAAGAUCCAUCUUCUGGACAUCAUACAAGUGAAAGCGAUACCCGUUGAAUUCCGAGGCCAUGCUGGGAGUGUCCGGGCCCUCCUCCUGUGUGAGGAGGAAAACUUUCUCCUAAGCGGGAGCUAUGACCUAAGUAUCAGAUACUGGGAUCUGAAAAGUGGGGUUUGCGCACGAAUCUUCGGUGGUCACCAGGGGACUAUCACUUGCAUGGACUUGUGUAAGAACAGGCUCGUAUCUGGAGGAAGAGAUUGCCAGGUAAAAGUAUGGGAUGUAGACACAGGGAAGUGCCUGAAGACGUUUAGACACAAAGACCCCAUCUUGGCCACCAGGAUCAAUGAUACCUACAUUGUGAGCAGCUGUGAGCGAGGGCUGGUGAAAGUGUGGCACAUUGCCAUGGCCCAGUUGGUAAAGACUCUCAAUGGCCACGAGGGAGCCGUGAAAUGCCUGUUCUUUGACCAGUGGCAUCUCCUGUCAGGAAGCACUGAUGGCCUGGUCAUGGCCUGGAGCAUGGUGGGGAAGUACGAGCGCUGCCUGAUGGCCUUCAAGCAUCCCAAGGAGGUGCUCGACGUGUCCCUUCUCUUCCUCCGGGUCAUCAGCGCCUGUGCAGAUGGCAAGAUCCGAAUUUACAAUUUCCUCAACGGGAACUGUAUGAAGGUGAUAAAAGCCAAUGGCAGAGGCGAUCCUGUGCUGUCCUUCUUUAUUCAGGGCAACAGGAUGGUGGUCAACACAGAGAGCAAUGUUCUCAUGUUCCAGUUUGAGCACAUAAAGUGGCAGUAUGCCGUGGAAAAAACGAAACAAAAGAAGAAUAAGGAGAAAGAGGAGGAAAAAGAAGAAAAUAGUCUCAUGGAAAUUCUCUCUAAGUGUAAUAUUCAGGUUCACAGCCCAAGAGAGUCUGUAUCCAGUAAACAAACUGUGAUCCAAGAGCUCCUACCAGGCAAACCUCCCAAGUCCCGAGUACUCCUGAAGCCGGCCAAGUUCUCUUCAGCAGUGUUAAUAGAGGAACUUCAAAGUCAAGGAAAGUCAAAAUCACCCCGAAGAGAUGCAGGCCACUACCUUUGCUUGUCUUUGAGAAACUGGAAUGAAUACAAUGCCUGGCUUCUCCCAAGAGUGACUGGUUUUCCUUAAUUGUCCCUUUUCUGACUUGAGGCCACAGAGAGAGAACCUUCCUAAGAUGAUGUGGAGAAAGCACAAAAACAAGGACAAUUGGAAACUCCUGGAAAACUGCCCAGUCACCCAAAGAAAAAGUCUUGGAAAAUCCCUAUGUCACCUGACCAAUUCCUCCUGACUGUUUGCGCCCUGCAGCAAGCCCAUAAUUCCGGGGAAUUUGCCUAUCCCUGUAGGCCCCAAACAGAAAUUACUGAUGUCUGGGGACCUUCAAUUUCAUACCCAAGGAAGGUCUUGAAUUUCAAAGGAAAAUCAAUCCAACGUGCAGUUGAUCGGUUGAGAUUGAGCAAUCCUCCUAUAGAUGUGAAACGAACCAGUAUUCCCCUUGAAAUCCAGAAACUGCAGCCCAACUUGAAGAUCUCUUUGCACAGUCCUAGAGUCCAGUCCACCAUACCCCAGCCCAUGAUUAUCCGCUCCAGGUUCUCUGGCAGCUUAAAGGGUGGAGACCAAGUGACCAGUUCAAUUGAAAGGGCUGUGUGCAGUACGGGUCCCCUGACUAGUAUGCAGGUCAUUAAACCAAACCGCAUGCUAGCUCCACAAGUGGGCACAGCCACCCUGUCUCUUAAGAAAGAACGGCCUCGCAUCUAUACAGCCCUUGAUCCUUUUAGAGUGAACACUGAGUUUGUGCUGUUGACCGUGAAGGAGGAGAAGGAGCACCAGGAAGCCAAGAUGAAGGAAUAUCAGGCCAGGGAGUCCACUGGAGUGGUUGAUCCAGGAAAAGCCAGCAAAGCUGCAUGGAUCAGGAAGAUCAAAGGCCUGCCUAUUGAUAAUUUCACGAAGCAAGGGAAAACAGCGGCCCCUGAACUUGGACAAAAUGUAUUUAUCUAAACCAGACUUGGGAAAUUACAAUGUUUUACAAUAAACAGAAAGCCAAGCAGA